AUGUCAGACAAGACUUCGUCUUCGGUCGGUCCGAGGAGUUUCGAGACAAUUUCGGAGGAGGAUCUCGCGUCGCCGUGGGAGAAGUUGUUGGGGGAGGUGAAAACUGCUGUUCCUACGAUAAUAAAGACUGAUGUGUCGAGUACAACGAUAGAGGAGGUGUCCGCUCAUCCCCAGGCUGUAGAUUUGGAGGGGAGUAAGUUGACACGGUCCAAGAGUUUGAAUCAACGUAGAAACAGCAGUCACGGCCUUCUCAGUUCGAUUCCAAAACAGCUGAGGCUCUCGUUGCGUGGUAUUCGGAGUGAACCUUCAAGUGUCAAGGAUGUACCAACGACUAGAAAUGAUAGCUCUCUUAACCUUCUUCUUAGAUAUCGUCAAGCCCGUUACGCAGCAAGACGCGUCCGGAAGCGUGUCAUUUUCAAGCAUGGAGAUUGCAACGUCGUUCAAUGGAACGUGGCCAAGCGCAGGCGCCGAUACCUUCAGGACAUCUUCACGACCCUCGUGGACGCACAGUGGCGCUGGACGCUACUCGUGUUCGCGCUCUCCUUUAUCCUCUCCUGGUUGCUGUUCGCUCUCAUCUGGUGGCUCAUCAUUUUCACACACGGUGACCUCACUCCUCCAUCUCCAUAUGAAAACAAAACUGUCUCCCCUUGUCUCAAUGGAGUCAAAACGUUUACUGGUUGUUUCCUCUUCUCCAUCGAAACUCAACAUACCAUCGGCUACGGAACUAGAACAACCAAUGAGGAAUGUCCUGAAGCCAUUUUCGUCAUGUGCAUACAAAGUAUUGUUGGAGUUUUCAUACAGGCUUUCAUGGUGGGCAUCGUAUUCGCAAAAAUGUCUAGACCUAAAAAGCGAACCCAAACUUUACUCUACUCAACGAAAUGUGUCAUUUGUAUGCGUGAUGGCCAAUUAUGUCUGAUGUUUCGUGUCGGUGACAUGAGAAAAUCCCAUAUUGUCGAAGCACACAUAAGAGCACAAAUAGUCCGCCGCAAGGUGGGUCUUAUAUUUGCAAAGCUGGCACGCGCCAAAAAGCGUAACACCACUCUUCUGUUUUCCCGAAACGCGGUAAUAUGUCUGAGGGACGGGGAAUUUUGCCUUCUGUUCAGAGUCGGAGAUAUUCGGAAGUCGCAUAUUUUGGAAGCACACGUGCGUGCCCAGAUAAUCAGGAAAAAGAUAACUAGAGAGGGCGAGGUGUUGCCGUUUUAUCAGCAAGAGUUAAAGGUCGGCGCUGACGGGGAGGAGGACAGGCUAAUGUUCAUCUGGCCUAUGACCAUCGUGCAUAAGAUCAAUGAAAAGUCUCCAUUGUACAAUCUUUCGGCGUCUGAUAUGCUAAAGGAGAGAUUUGAGAUCGUCGUGAUGUUAGAGGGCGUGAUUGAGUCAACGGGUAUGACAACACAGGCACGCAGUAGCUUCUUACCAUCGGAAAUCUUAUGGGGCCAUCGGUUCGAGACAAUGGUUUCAUUCAGGAAGGAUACUGGUGAAUAUGAGGUUGACUACACCAGAUUCAACAACACAUACGAAGUGGAUACACCCUUAUGUUCUGCGAAACAACUCGACGAGCUUCGAGCUACCGUCUCCACGUCACAAAAAUUAGAUCGUAUGCUGGGCACCAUUCCUAAAACAUUCUCCGCCGACACCUUGGACCUUAGCUCCGUUGAUUCUAUGUCCUUAGACGAACACAUCGAGAUCAAAAUACCCGAGUCAAGAGUCCGCGAAAACAGGAUAAUGGCACAGAAUAACUUCGUUCACCACAUCAAUGAAAGGUCCAGAAAUCCAAGUCAUACACAUUUGGCUGUCGAGAACGGCCAAGAUAUUUCUAGAAAUCAUCUCCCAAAUCAUCAUUCAGAAUAUAAGCAUCAUGAUAGUAAAGAACAUAUGCACAGAAGCCAUAGUCACGCUAGUAUGAAGAGGGUGCAUGCUGUGAUGCCGAAUGGGGUCGGGCAUGCCGGCAAUGGCCAUCAUGAGCAUAGGCAUGAUGAGCAUAGUAAAUUAAAAAAGUCGCCAAGCGAGAACCACAUAAGCAAAACACCUGUGAUCCCCAUCCUGGUGACGUCACCGGAAUUGGAGCCGGCCUGA